AUGCCUAUAUGGUGCCGCAGAAAAAACCCCGAAAUAUCUUGCUGCGCCACGGAGUACUGUAACCGUUACCUAUUCACAGAGACGGGAACCACAGCGACGGCAUGGAAAGUAUUGCCAUGGGUGAUGGGGUUGAUGGUUCUCGGGGUUUGCGCUGCGAUUAGCUUCUGCUGGGCGAAGCGAUCUCAUGGCCCGAAGAAACGGGUCACUUCAAGAACGCCCUAUCCGACCGAUGACCCGGGGAGUGAGGCCAGGCAUCCCAUGAUGAGAACUACCACUAUACGGGACAUGAUCGAACUCACCACUUCUGGAUCCGGUUCCGGACUGCCUCUACUAGUCCAGCGUUCAAUCGCUCGUCAGAUCCAACUGGUGGACAUUAUCGGAAAAGGUCGUUUCGGAGAAGUAUGGCGCGGUCGUUGGCGCGGUGAGAAUGUCGCCGUCAAAAUAUUCUCCUCCCGCGAAGAGUCCUCUUGGUUCCGCGAAGCCGAAAUAUACCAGACGGUGAUGUUACGUCACGAGAACAUUCUUGGCUUCAUCGCUGCCGACAACAAGGACAACGGCACUUGGACCCAGCUAUGGCUGAUCACUGACUAUCAUGAAAAUGGCUCCUUGUUUGAUUUCCUGAGUGCGAGAACAAUAGACUCUUUGACGCUGGUGAAGAUGUCGCUCUCCAUCGCCACUGGUUUAGCCCAUCUACACAUGGACAUCGUCGGCACUAAAGGCAAGCCAGCCAUAGCCCACAGAGACCUGAAGUCGAAGAACAUUCUGGUGAAGAGUAACCUGACUUGCGUGAUCGGUGACCUGGGUCUGGCAGUGCGUCACAACGUGGCAAGUGACUCUGUAGAUGUGCCCACCACGAAUAGAGUCGGUACGAAGCGCUACAUGGCUCCCGAGGUGCUUGACGAGACAAUGGACACGCGGCAGUUUGACCCUUACAAGCGUUCUGACGUGUACUCGUUCGGCUUGGUGCUGUGGGAGAUGGCUCGGCGAUGCGGUGUGAUGCCCGAUGAGUACCAGCCUCCGUACUACGACUGCGUGCCACCAGACCCAGCGCUUGAAGACAUGCGUCGGGUCGUCUGCAUUGAGAAACGGAGGCCCAACGUACCGAACAGAUGGCAUUCGGACCACGUGCUGUCCUCGAUAUCAAAGGUGAUGAAGGAGUGCUGGUACCAGAACCCAGCUGCCCGUCUCACCGCACUUCGCAUCAAGAAGACGCUUGCCAACAUCUGCACGCCCGACUACAUCAAGUUGGAUGUCGAGCUGGAUGAAAUAAGGGUUUGA